AUUCUACAUCGCUGCGUGAUGCAGGGAGGAGAGUUUUGUGUUAAACACCUGCCACGGGAGCCUUGAUCCUGGCGCUGUGAAGUUACGCACCUGCUGCGUGUCUCUCCUCCCAGCAACGUGCCCCCCUCUCCCCCAAACAUUCCUUCCUUCAAGGCCACACGUGCGGGAACCUCGCGGAACCUUCCCCGCCGCUGGGUGCAGCUGUGGCCCUGCGGGCUGGCGCCUGGGCAGGGACCCCCUGCCCCUGCCCGCGCAGCCCGGCAGCCGCAAAGCAGCCCCGCUCCCCCCGAGGGCUGGCGACGGGGACCUGGAAAAAUUGACAGCAUCAAUGAAUAGGUUGACAGUCACUCUCGGCUCCAGAUGACUUGCAAUUUAGUUCAGAAAGAUGUCAUCUGUUACUGAAAAUGGAGAUGCCCCUGCUGGAAAACAAAAUGAGGAGAAAACAUAUAAAAAGACCGCAUCUUCUGCUAUUAAAGGAACUAUUCAGCUGGGAAUAGGAUACACAGUAGGUAACCUCACCUCUAAGCCAGACAGAGAUGUACUUAUGCAAGACUUCUAUGUAGUGGAAAGUGUAUUUCUACCCAGUGAAGGCAGCAAUUUGACCCCUGCUCAUCAUUACCCCGACUUCAGAUUUAAGACCUAUGCUCCUCUAGCUUUCCGUUACUUCAGAGAACUUUUUGGUAUCAAGCCUGAUGAUUACUUGUAUUCAAUCUGCAGUGAGCCUUUAAUAGAAUUAUCCAACCCUGGUGCCAGCGGGUCUUUAUUUUUUGUAACCAGUGAUGAUGAGUUCAUCAUCAAAACAGUUCAACACAAAGAGGCUGAGUUUCUUCAGAAGCUGUUACCAGGUUACUACAUGAAUUUGAACCAGAAUCCAAGGACUCUCCUACCAAAAUUUUAUGGACUGUACUGUGUUCAGUCGGGGGGCAUUAAUAUCAGAAUCGUUGUGAUGAACAAUGUUUUGCCUCGGGCAAUGAAAAUGCAUUUCACAUAUGACUUGAAAGGCUCUACCUAUAAACGGAGAGCAUCAAGAAAAGAAAGAGAGAAGUCUAACCCCACAUUUAAAGACUUGGAUUUCUUGCAAGAGAUGCAUGAAGGACUGUAUUUUGACUCAGAAACGUACAGCGCACUGAUGAAAACACUACAGAGGGAUUGCCGAGUGCUGGAAAGCUUUAAAAUCAUGGAUUAUAGUCUGCUGCUGGGGAUCCAUGUAUUGGACAGUAUCACAAAAGAGAAGGAUGGGGAAAGUUCCCAGAAUGCAUCUGAUGCCAAACGUCAUGGGGGACAGAAAGUUCUCUAUUCUACAGCCAUGGAAUCCAUACAGGGUCCUGGAAAGUCUGGGGAAUCUGUCAUCACAGAAGCUACAAAUACAAUGGGAGGCAUUCCAGCUAAAAGCCAUAAAGGAGAGAAGCUGCUUCUAUUUAUGGGUAUUAUUGAUAUCCUACAGUCUUACAGGUUAAUGAAGAAGCUAGAACAUUCCUGGAAAGCACUUGUUUAUGAUGGGGACACUGUUUCAGUCCACAGACCAAGUUUUUAUGCAGACAGGUUUUUAAAGUUCAUGAGUUCGAGGGUUUUCAAAAAAGUUCAAGCUCUAAAGUCCUCUCCUUCCAAGAGACGAUGCAGUUCCAUUGCAGCCCUAAAGGCAACAUCACAAGAAAUUGUAUCUGCUGUUAGCCAAGAAUGGAAGGAUGAAAAGCAUGACAUGCUUACUGAAGGACAAAGCUUUUCCAGCCUUGAUGAAGAAGUAUUAGGCUCACGGCACCGUCCAGAUUUAGUGCCAAGCACUCCAUCUCUAUUUGAAGCAGCUUCCUUAGCAACCACUAUUUCUUCUUCUUCUUUGUAUGUAGAUGAACAAUAUCAACAUGAUGGAACUCUGCUUUAUUCCAGCAGUAAAGGGUUACCUUCGAGUUCAACGUUCACCCUAGAAGACAGUGCCAUCUACUUGACUUCAGAACAGAGCACACUGGAAAUGGAAAAUGAUAAUGCUUCAGUUUUGGAUGUCUAUUUAUAAUAGGGAAUAAAAGAAAAUCAAAGUAAAAGUGGAUAAGAAGUGACCAUGGUUGAUAAAGAGCACUUUCUGCACUCCUGAUUUAAAGAGAAGAAUUUGCUGAGCCUAAUAGACAAAGAGUAAUAAUCGAUGGAACUUAUCUCUGAGAAAUGUCAUGGGAACCUUGAACCGUGGAAAUGAUAGCUAGACUCGACAGAUGUGACAUGAAACAUUCCACACUUUGCUAUCAUGUGCUGUUGCUUGCUAAACUGUGAAGAACUGCAUAAACUGUAUUUAAGAUGCUUUCUAUACUAGUGCCAAUCACCUUUUUUGGACUUGAAAGUGAUAUUUUCCUAUUGACUCUCAUGAUUUCAUUUGCAUGUAUUCAGUGAUUGUGUACAAGCAAAAUAUGUAAUCUGCUUUACCUAUUUAAAGAUCCAUCAUCAAUACAGUGGUAAAUAAAAUUAAUUCCACUUUUUUCUCCCCUGGAAUCAUAAUUACUUAGGUCCAUAUUGUUGGAAGUCCAAAUUGAUUUCAAACAAGGAUUAAUGUAAAUGUCUGCACUUACUUUAUGGACAAUAGCCUCUAAAGAUAUUUUCACUGUUUGUUAGUGAAAUGAGAAAAAAGCUAUUUAUAAUAAGGCCUUAUGUUGUGUACAUACAUUGUCUUUGAAAUGUGUGAUUUAGUUUAUUGCUUGUAAAAGAGAAAUUAUAUAAUUUAUUUAGUAAAUACUACUGU